AAGUAACACUACAGCUAUGUAAAUACUAGAUAUACAUUUUAAACGGAGGUCCUUCCCAGGUGAAACACGUUAAUGCAGUUUUCUUCACACGUCAGAACGGAAAGCGGCGCAGUAUUGUGCUGUAGUGAUUAAUUGACCAGGGAGCCUGAAAACCAGUUUGUCACCGUCAACUGGCUUGCUUGUGCUCUUUUCACAACGGUGUACCGUGUUGCUGUAACGUGCAAACUGCUUCUUUUGGGAAAAGUGAAAAUCCAUCAGAAUGGAACUAAACGCGUGCUUCCCUUGCAAACUGAAGGCGCCGGAGACAUUUCAAGAGUUUCUAAGCAAAAGAAGAGGUACAUUUCAAGAGUUCAUCCAGAAAACGAAAGAGACGCUAUGCAAAUACUCUGAAGCGGUUUCUCUCCUGGAGAUGGAUCGGACAAAACACACAGCUAACAACAACCACCUUCGGGUAUCCUCUUCCACUGAUGUCAAUCUGGGACCGUCUGCCAAUCCACAAGCCAGACCUACAGACUUUGAUUUCCUAACUGUGAUUGGGAAAGGAACUUUUGGGAAGGUGCUGCUAGCCAAGCGGAAAUCGGACCACAAGUUUUAUGCUGUGAAAGUUCUGCAGAAAAAAGUCAUACUGAAGAAAAAAGAGCAAAAGAACAUCAUGGCCGAGCGCAACGUGCUGCUGAAGAGCUUGAAACACCCUUUCCUGGUGGGGCUGCACUAUUCCUUCCAGACCGCCGAGAAGCUCUACUUUGUUCUGGACUACGUGAAUGGCGGGGAGGUACUGUAUGGCUUUAGGGAGCAGACCAGCGCAGCCGGAUCUGCAGUAGGAUAUUUCCACAGUCUGACCAUUAUUUUCAGAGACCUGAAGCCAGAGAACAUCCUGCUGGACUCUCAGGGACAUGUGGUGCUGACUGACUUUGGGCUGUGCAAGGAGGGAAUAGAGCCUGAAGGAACUACUUCCACUUUCUGUGGGACUCCAGAGUAUCUGGCCCCGGAGGUGCUGAGGAAGCAGCCCUAUGAUCGCACGGUGGAUUGGUGGUGUCUGGGAGCUGUGCUCUAUGAGAUGCUGUAUGGGCUGCCCCCGUUCUACAGCCGGGACGUGUCGGAGAUGUACGACCACAUUCUCCACAAGCCCCUGCACCUCCCGCCGGGCAAGAGCAUGGCAGCCUGUGACCUGCUGAGGGGGCUGCUGCAGAAGAACCCCCAGCACCGCAUGGGGGCCAAGGCCGACUUUUUGGAGCUUAAAACCCAUGUGUUUUUCUCCCCCAUAAACUGGGAUGACCUGUAUCAUAAGAGGAUCACUCCUCCCUACAACCCCAAAGUGAACGGCCCAGCUGACCUCCGACACAUUGACCCGGAGUUCACCAAGGAGAUGGUCCCCAAUUCAGUGGGGCGCACCCCUGAACUCAGCUCCUGCCUGGGCACCAGCAGCUCCAACGCCUUCAAGGGCUUCUCCUACGUGCAGGGUGAUGAGGCCUUCCUAAACUGAGGGGAGGCUUGCGAGAAGCUUCCUUUGCCAGAGACGGACCCUGGAUGCCCCUCCAGGAGGAGAAGCGAGAUGGGCCAGGCUGUCUUCAGCAGGACUGUAAAACCCCCCUCGCCCGUGCAGCGAAGAGCCGACUCCUGCACCCCCAGCCUUUCCUGCGUUGCGUGCCCUACGUCACAGAGCAGGCUUGGAGAAUUCUCCAUGUCUCUCUCUUGGACCCUGCCUGCUCUGUGGCCACAGAUACAUCGUUAUCAAAAUUAAGAACAUAAAGCUUUUUGGCAACUUUUACAGUUAAGGACAAUGUUAUUCCAUUUAAAUUAUGCAUUGUUGAAGGAUACCCUCUGUGGUUGGGAUGGGGAGGUGAAGGGGACAUUUCCUAGGAGACAGUUCUGUUCCAACUUUAAGUGAUGAAUUGCACAAAAGAAGAGGUAACUACUCCAAUAUCUCGACAGCUCUUGCUGUGCCAGAGAGGGGCGUUCGUCACCGAUUUGCACCCCUUACUGCGGACGUGCCGAAAUGUCCACUUGGUUCCCGUUAUUGAUUGGUUGAUCGUAUACUUGGGUCUUUUUUCUUUUGUGUUUGUUUUGCAUGACUUGUAUCAGAUGUGCUUCAGUACCAGUUAAUUUUGAUGGGGUUCUGUUCAGUCUUGUCUAACACUCCGGUGGGCUGGUUUGGAACAUUUCUGUAAUGGACAACUUUUUAUUUUGGUUUUUAAUUGCACUGCAGAAUGUAAAUAUCCGCUGUCCAUUAGCUGAAGUGUGUGGGUGUAGGACAAUGUCUCCCACUCCAUGUCUGUGCUGUGAGAGUCACUCUUUUAUUACCAAGAGUAAAGUCCUUCCCUGCAGUGAGCCGCCCUAAACUUUUAUUGUGCUGUUUGUUUAUUUCCAAGUAAAAAUAGCCUUUGACCACAGAACCUAAGGCUUAUGUAACUAAGACUAUUAUUUACGAUCCCAGAGAAUCUUAGGGGACUCCACAGCGAUGCAGGAGAUAUGCAUAGUACAUUGAUUCCAUUUAACAAUGAUAGAAGAAUUGUAACCGAUUGUAGCCAAUUGUAAACACUUAGGCGACGUGUUUGCUGGUCAUGUUUAGUUAUUGGAAACUUGCCUGUGUCUUAAUCAAUUUAAUUGUUUUCUGAGACGAAUGGUUUAUAAUGUAUUAUUUUGCAAUAUAAAUAAAAAUGUAAAUGAGG